ACUCGCCCCCUCCUCUCCGGUGGUGGCUGGCUGCGGCAGCUGUAGAGCCAGGAGGGGCUGGCGGAGGCGAAGCAGUAUCCGUGGAAUAUGGCGGACGGCGUGGACCACAUAGACAUUUAUGCCGAUGUAGGAGAAGAGUUUAAUCAGGAGGCUGAAUAUGGUGGGCAUGAUCAGAUAGAUCUGUAUGAUGACGUCAUCUCUCCCUCUGCCAAUAACGGUGAUGCACCAGAGGAUCGUGAUUAUAUGGACUCUCUUCCACCAUCUGUUGGAGAUGAUGUAGGCAAAGGAUCAGCACCAAAUGUUGUCUAUACAUAUACAGGAAAGAGAAUUGCGUUAUAUAUUGGGAAUCUUACUUGGUGGACCACAGAUGAAGAUUUAACUGAAGCAGUUCAUUCACUUGGUGUAAAUGAUAUUUUGGAGAUAAAAUUUUUUGAAAACCGUGCUAAUGGCCAAUCUAAGGGAUUUGCUCUUGUAGGUGUGGGAUCUGAGGCAUCUUCCAAAAAGCUGAUGGACCUGUUGCCUAAAAGAGAGUUACAUGGUCAAAAUCCUGUUGUAACUCCUUGUAAUAAGCAAUUUCUGAGUCAGUUUGAACUGCAAUCGAGAAAAACUACACAAUCAGGCCAGAUGUCUGGUGAAGGAAAAGCUGGUCCCCCAGGAGGUAGUUCACGAGCAACUUUUCCUCCAAGUAACAGAGGGAGGGGCCGUUUUCCAGGUGCCCUUCCUGGAGGAGACAGAUUUCCGGGACCAGCUGGACCUGGAGGGCCCCCUCCACCUUUUCCAGCUGGACAGACUCCUCCACGUCCACCUCUAGGUCCUCCUGGCCCACCAGGCCCACCAGGUCCUCCUCCACCUGGCCAGGUUCUGCCUCCUCCACUAACUGGUCCUCCUAAUCGUGGUGACCGUCCCCCUCCUCCAGUUCUGUUUCCAGGACAACCGUUUGGCCAACCUCCAUUGGGUCCACUUCCACCUGGUCCUCCACCUCCAGUUCCAGGCUAUGGUCCUCCACCAGGUCCUCCACCCCCACAGCAAGGUCCUCCUCCACCUCCAGGUCCUUUCCCCCCUCGUCCACCUGGUCCUUUAGGACCACCCCUUACAUUGGCUCCUCCUCCUCACUUACCUGGGCCACCACCAGGAGCUCCCCCUCCCGCCCCACACGUGAAUCCAGCUUUCUUCCCCCCACCAGCCAACAGUGGCAUACCUACAUCAGACAGUCGUGGUCCACCACCUUCAGACCCCUAUGGCCGACCUCCACCAUAUGACAGAGGUGAUUAUGGGCCACCAGGCAGGCGUUUCACUGGAAAUAACAUGUCCAUAAGAGAACAAUUACAUAUGCCAUUGUAUUGGAGACAAACGAAAAAUAAUACUCAAAACGCAGGGAGAGAAAUAGAUGCUGCAAGGACACCAUUAAGUGAAGCAGAAUUUGAAGAAAUUAUGAAUAGAAAUAGGGCUAUCUCUAGCAGUGCCAUUUCAAGAGCUGUAUCAGAUGCAAGUGCUGCGGAAUAUGGAAGUGCUAUAGAAACAUUGGUGACUGCAAUUUCAUUAAUUAAACAGUCCAAAGUAUCUGCAGAUGAUCGCUGCAAAGUACUUAUUAGCUCUCUGCAAGAUUGUCUUCAUGGGAUUGAAUCAAAGUCUUACGGUUCUGGGUCAAGAAGACGUGAACGUUCAAGGGAGAGAGACCAUAGUAGAUCAAGGGAAAAAAGCCGACGCCAUAAAUCUCGUAGCAGAGAUCGCCAUGAUGAUUAUUAUCGGGAAAGAAGCCGUGAACGUGAGAGGCAUCGUGACCGUGAUAGAGACCGUGAUAGAGAGCGUGAUAGAGAACGAGAAUAUCGUCAUCGUUAAAGAGCUGAAGGAAGAGGAGCACCUCACCAGAAAAGAAAUGUAACUUCGUGGAAAGAGGCUUGUCCGGCAGUUUACUUCUUGUGAUCGAACAGAGCUGUAAAGGAUUCAUGGAUAAAUUGAACAGGAAUAGAUCUGAAUAAAGCAAAUCUGCAUAUAUGGUAACCAGUAGCUCUCUUACUUUUUAUGUUGCUUAGCUGUUUUUAUUUGAAGGAACCUGUGUGAUUUAAAACAUAUAGCUUUUUGCAACUAUUACUGGUUAUAUAUAUUUGACAAUAAAAUGUGCAGAAAUUGGAAAAAAGUCAAGUAAAUGCUUGUUUUUAUAGUAGUUGGUUCUUGUUUAAAUGUUCAAGAUAAUGUCUGUAAAGCGCACCAAUUUGAUUAUAAUAGAUGUAGUGUUGUAAUAAACUGUUUGAUGGGG